UUGAGUGCGUUAAACGCAGUUCCCAUUGACAUUUUCGGUGCAGCGAGGUAAACAUUGAUUUUCAUGCUGUUAUUCAACAGCCGACGGUGUUUUAGUGCCAGAAAUGUAAUUUUGUGAUUCAUGAAAAGGAAAUUGAAUUGAAACACCAUGGGAAAAUCAAUGUCAACGGCAAAACAAGUGAAGCGAAGCGCAAUCACAAAGUAAAUUGCACAAACAACAGUUCAAGCACAACCUAACCAAACAAUGGUUCACAGAGCCACCCCGAUGCCAUCUCUUCCCACUGCCGAAUAUCUAAAGAAGACGAACAAUUUAGAUAAAUCAUACAAUGACCGUUUGAAACAGGUUUUUGUCACUUCAGUCGAUGAUAAUACCAAUUUAGAUUUGACAAAAGGACGUUCGAUGCCAAAGGAUCGCACCACACCAUUCACGAAAAGUCCACACUCUCAAACGACAGAUCAACCGCAACCAAAUAAAUUAAUCGUUGAUGAAAUAAAAGUGAUACUUCUGAAUCACAAAACGAAUCCAGACAAAUGGACACCUGAUUACAUUGCAGCGAGAUAUAAUAUUUCGACAGAGAUUGCAGGAAUCUUGGUCGAGAACUAUGGCACACUUCAGACAUAUUUUGGUGGCCAACCGAACGAAUCAGACAAAUACAUUCACCACGAGGAACCAGUCAGACGAGUCACAGCAAAUACACACUUCUAUGAGAUGGAAGAGAUUGUAACUGGUGGUCGGAAAGAAAAGAAAUGGAAAACAAAAGAAGAAUUCGAUAAAGAAUGGAUGGGCAAAAAAUGAUGAAUGA